AUGUUGUUCGCAUUCGAGCUGGGUAAAUAUCUGCCUUUCGAACAACUGAUGGGCGUCCUCCCGCCCGCAAGCACGGAUCACAUUUCAUUAGCAUAUCAAGAUCUAAUGUACGACGCAAAUUCACCGAUAUUGGAUUUCUACCCCCUCAAAUUCGAGCAAGACCUAAGUGAGAAGAAGCAAGCAUGGGAAGCGAUCGUUAGGAUUCCCUUCAUUGAUGAGCAGCGGCUGUUACAAGCAAUGCAUUGUCCUGACGUCGAUGUCCUAGUGCACGUCCAUCCGCUAAAAGGUGCGUACUGGUAUUUUAUCAACGUUCGUUUUUACACAUUCAUGCAGUUUCUCUCUUCUCGGACAACUCCACUGGCUCACGUCUCACGAUGCCGCCACGCUUGUUGGAGCGCGAGAAUUGAGCCUGCUCGACCCCUGAGUGCACUGCACCGUCUCAAAUAUAUCCUGGAAGAACCAUCAUAUCGCGCUCUCUUCCGUAAUUUCCUGAAGGCGAACUUCUGUGAAGAGAAUUUGGCAUUUUGGAUGGAUGUCGAAGAUUUCAAGCGCAACUUCAAUACGACUUCUAGUGCACAAGCUGCAGCACCUACUCGGUCAGGCAGCAAACUGAGCGUGCGCAGGAAGGCGGCAAACGAGGGCGAGAGCUUCUUAAGAGUCGAUAUCUGGGAUGUGAACAAUGUGUCCCCACCGUUGUCGGCUGCGAGAGGAGAAUGGACGUCUUAA